CGGAUUGUGUUUAUAACUUGAAGGUGAUGAUCUGAAUGUCUUUCUUCCGAUUUCUGCAAGGAAUUCUAAGAAAGGGAUGGAAACUUGCAACGAGUAUGUUACAAAUAAAACCCUUACAUCUAAUGGGACAAAGGUUGCCAACACUCUCUACCAAAAUGAUGGCUCUCACCUUUACCUAUUAACGCCUAAUAUUUUGCCUCCUUCUGUGGAUACUGUGCAUAGAUGGCUACUUUGUAAUGAGAGAGGGCAUAUUGUUGAGCAUAUACAUCAAGAAACAGAUGCAGAGAACAAGGAUGUACCUAAAUGUGCUUCUGAGACUGAACCUCCUCUUAGGCCUAAGCUGCAUGAAGAUGCUGAAUCAGAACAGAGCCCCGAAUGCAAUAGAGAAGGACAAACAGAAAGAGUGAAAACACUUCUUGAUGACUCACAAGAUACUUCUCAGAUAUCUGCCCCUGAUGGAAAAUCAAUCUAUACCCCUCUAAGUCAAAUUGGAUUUCGAGACCCUGCAAGUGUUGGCUGUGGACAGCAACUGACAUUACUUAGUAUAGAGAUUCUUGCAGAGUCUAGAGCAGACCUUUUACCUGAUCCUCAAUUUGAUGGCAUCAACAUUAUAGCUCUUGGUUUUCAGAAUGACAGUGAUUCUGAUGUUGAAGUUCUAGUUCUUUUACACAGUAAAUUCGUAACUUGUCAGAGAAAUUUUGAUGGUCUAUCUGGCUCUAAAGUAUUAGUCUUCACUGAUGAAAAGCUAUUGUUAAAAGAAUUCAUAAAGAUUGUGUCUUCAUCUGACCCAGAUAUUUUGAUGGGUUGGGAUAUUCAAGGGAGUUCUCUUGGUUUUCUAGCAGAAAGAGCAUCCCAUCUUGGUUUGGGAUUACUUAAUAAUCUGUCUCGCACUCCAUCUGAGUCUUUGAUAUUUUCUGAUGAUAUGAAAAGUUCUGAAAAAGAUAUCUUGGAGCUGGACAUUGAUGACACUCCUAGUCUAGAUUGUUGUGUGCCAGAAAAUUCAAUAAUCGAGGAUGAAUGGGGACGGACACAUGCUAGUGGAGUUCAUGUAGGAGGUAGAAUUGUUCUUAAUGUAUGGCGAUUGAUCCGUGGAGAAGUUAAGUUGAACUUAUAUUCAGUUGAAUCUGUAGCUGAAUCUGUAUUGAGGCGGAAAAUUCCUUCGUUUCACCACAAAGUGCUGACAAAGUGGUUUUCAAGUGGUCCUGGACGAGCAAGAUAUCGGUGUAUCAAAUAUGUGAUCGAGAGAGUAAAGCUGAACCUUGAGAUAUUAAACCAACUUGAUAUGGUGAAUCGAACAUCAGAACUUGCUCGUGUCUUUGGCAUAGAGUUUUUCUCUGUUCUCUCUCGAGGAUCACAAUACCGUGUUGAAUCCAUGUUUCUGAGGUUGGCCCAUACACAAAACUACCUUGCUAUCUCACCUGGAAAUCAACAGGUUGCUUCUCAACCUGCUAUGGAGUGCCUUCCUCUAGUAAUGGAACCAGAAUCUGGAUUUUAUUCAGAUCCUGUUGUUGUGCUUGACUUCCAGUCUUUAUAUCCAUCCAUGAUAAUUGCAUACAAUCUUUGCUUCUGCACUUGUCUGGGUAAAGUUGUGGGAUCAAAGGCUAAUACACUUGGGGUUAGUCCCUUCUCACCAGAGCAACAUGUUCUGCAGGAGUUAAAGGAUCAAAUCUUGCUCACUCCAAAUGGUGUUAUGUUUGUACCUUCCAAGGUGAUUCAGUUAAUAUUUUUUUUCCUAUUCUCUAGCUCCUUUUGUAUUUUGAAGUCCUAAUAUUAAUGGAACUGAAUGAAUUCAAUAGAUUUGACAACUGCAAAUUGUGGGGCUAGUUUCUCCUUAGCUGAUCAGUGUAUU